CUACUGUAUCAUCUCCCAAAACGCAGCAGCUGAAGCUUCCCACACUCGCUUUACUUUCCCCUCUCACAGACAGAUUUUCAAAAUUCCUCCAAAACCCAAAAAGAGAAGAAAAAAGAGAGACUCCAAACGCUGGAAAAAGAAAUCCCAAUCUAUUCCGCUUGUAUUCUCUAUCUUCCCUUACUCACAAAACAAAAACAAAAACAAUGCGAUUUCAUUUUCGUUUCCCAAUCUCACUUCUCCUCCUAAUACUACUCUCGGGCUCUGCACGCCCUGCCCGUUCCUACACUGCGCUGACCGAAUGGAAGCCCGGUCGUGCGACGUACUACGCCGCGGCGGACCCGAGGGAUACCGUGGGAGGCGCGUGCGGGUACGGGGACCUGGUCAAGGCCGGGUACGGCAUGGCCACUGUCGGAUUGAGCUCGGUGCUCUUCGAUCGCGGCCAGAUCUGCGGCGCGUGCUUCGAGAUCCGGUGCGUCGAGGAUCUACGGUGGUGCAUUCCUGGGACGUCGAUCAUCGUGACCGCUACCAAUUUCUGCGCGCCCAACUACGGGCUGCCGGGUGACGGUGGGGGCCACUGCAACCCGCCCAACCGCCAUUUCGUGAUGCCGAUCGCCGCGUUUGAGAAGAUCGCAAUCUGGAAGGCUGGGAAUAUGCCCGUACAGUACCGGAGGAUCAAAUGCAUAAAGGAAGGCGGGAUUCGAUUUACAGUCGACGGCAUGAGCUACUUCUAUUCGGUGCUGAUUACUAAUGUUGCGGGUGCUGGAGAUGUUGUUGCCGUGAAGAUCAAGGGCUCAAGAACAGGGUGGCUCUCAAUGGGCAGGAAUUGGGGCCAAAACUGGCACAUAAAUGCAGAUCUCAAGAAUCAACCACUCUCGUUUGAGGUGAUCGCUAGUGAUGGGGCGAUGGUCACAUCUUACAAUGUAGCACCCAAAGAUUGGAAUUUUGGCCAGACCUUUACAGGCAAACAAUUCCAAUCAUAAAUAAAUUUAAAAGAAAAAACAAAAAAACAAUAUUCUUGCCUUCUGGAGUAUGUAGUGGGUAUAUGAGUGCUUGAUUAAACAAAGCUACAAGGAGAGGAAGGAGUUAUGAAUGGGAGUGUGGGUCUUUUGCACAAGUGCUUGAUUUUCACACUCAGAAGUAGAUAGAGAUCUGCAGCUUCCCAUGUUAGGAUGUGGGCCAUAUGGAGUUAUGCAGCGGGCAUGGCAGAUGGGCCAGGAUCAUGGGAGUGAUUGUACACGGAACUAAGAGUAUGUGUCUGGUUUUGUUCUGGCAUAUUCCAAAUUUCCUGGCAUUGCAUGUUGUUCUUGUGUAUCAUUUGUAAGAGGAGAAUAUUGAAAGUGAGAAAUUCUUCUGUUUUUCUUUUUC